AAGAAAUGAAUCGUUUUUUGAUAUUCCAGAACAGAUCCAUCUGGAUUCCAUUGUUUCCCAACAGAAUAUCCACCUAAGAAGGCAUACACUUAUUUUGGUGACAGAGCCAAAGCUUAAAAGCCAAAGCUUUUUUUUAAGUUUCUCCUGUGGAAUUGACUUCAAAGCAUGCAGCACAAUCUUUUAAACAUCCUUAAUGCUGGUCCUGAUGUUUUUAGUUCAAAGAACCUUGCCCUUCAAGCCCAGAAGAAGAUUCUGAGCAAAAUAGCCAGCAAAACUGUGGCCAACAUGCUGAUUGAUGAUACCAGCAGCGAGAUCUUCGAUGAGCUCUACAAAGUCACCAAAGAGCACAUACAUAACAAGAAGGAAGCCCACAAGAUCAUGAAAGACUUAAUCAAGGUGGCAAUCAAAAUCGGGAUCCUCUACCGGAACAACCAGUUCAGCCCAGAGGAAGUUGUUAUAGUGGAGAAGUUUAGGAAGAAGCUGAACCAGACCGCCAUGACCAUCGUCAGUUUCUAUGAGGUGGAAUACACCUUCGAUCGAAACGUGCUCUCCAAGCUCCUACACGAGUGCAAGGACCUGGUGCAUGAACUGGUGCAGCGACACCUGACACCCAGGACCCACGGACGCAUCAAUCAUGUCUUCAACCACUUUGCCAAUGUGGAGUUCCUUUCCACCCUUUAUAGCCUUGAUGGAGACUGUAGGCCCAACCUCAAGAAGAUCUGUGAGGGAAUCAAUAAACUGAUAGAUGAAAAAGUCCUCUGAAUGCCUUCCCUCCUCCUGGACUUCGCUGCAUUCAUGUUACAGCACCCAGUGUGUUCCACAUGAGAAUCAGGAAACAAGAAGAGACCCUUGUCAAAGAUGCCUAUGUCUGUCUUGUUCAUCCCUCUGAUGUUGAUGCUAGAUUGAGCUCAGGUGUGUUUACCCUCUGAGCUAUCUGCUGAGGUAUGUACUUAAAAUCUCCUCUGUUUGCAAGCCCAAAGGACAUCUCACCUCUCCUGAGCAGAAAAACCGCCCUGCUCACCAGGGUGAGCCCAGUUCACCUUGUGGAGUGGAAGGAGCCCUGGACCAGGGGUCAGAGUACAUAGAUUUGGUUCCCAACUCCAUCAGUUAUGACUUGGUUCUCUGGAUCCUGGAACCAUUGUGCCCACCUGCCUACCUCCCGGGGUUGCUGUGAGGAUCAAAUGAGACUAUGUUCAUGCUUUUAAUAACUCUAAUAUGAGGUCUUACUAGUUUCUCUUUGGCAUAUUGUGGGGAUCAACCUGGGUCUAGACUAUCAGGCAGUGGAGAAAAGAACAAUAGUUUCUAACAGGCUGGUUUUGCAAUCUGUGUCAAGAUGUGCUGUUUCAAACACACAGUUUAAUUUGUAAAA